CGUUGGUAUGACCGCCAUGACGUUUCGGGGUGAACGUGUCCCGUGUUAUAGCCUGUGUUACCAUUUACAUUGUUGUACAGAGCGAGGACAACAGUUCCGCAAUGGCCGAACUUCAAUACUCACAGACUGACGGGACCACCGCCCCCGAGGUCCUCUUAGAAGACGUCUUCGCUGCUUUCAGAAGAGGAAACCUUCGAUAUACGGUUAGACUUACCUCCGAAGCCAUAGUGUAUGUUGUAUUGGGGUCGCAACAAGAACGUACCCUGGCGUUAGCAGACGUGUUAGGAUGCCACACUAGUGUUUCACUGAGAAGAAAACCCACCCAGGGAAACCAGAGCGCUUUCCUGUGUAUAUACUCCUACCCUCUGAAGAGGAAGCUUCUAUCGGGAAGCGUCAGAAGCCGAGUGUCCACAUCGUUCAGAGUCGACAGGUUCGACAACUACGAACAGAACUGCGAGCUCGCCGAGAAAUGGAGAAUCGCCGUCAGGUGCCUGCUGGCCGGGCAAACCCUGACAGCGGAAACCGACCUCACGCCCAGCCUGCUGCCGGUCCGCCCCGCCCUCCUGGUGCUGCUGAACCCGUACGGCGGACAGGGGAAGGCCAGACAGUACUUUGACGACCAGGUCAUGCCCAUGAUGGCGGAGGCAGACGUCUCGAUAAGUGUCGUCACCACAGAAUACUCCGGCCACGCGUUUGAUGUGGUACAAAGUACGGACCUGUCGGCAUGGGGAGGGAUCGUUGUUGUGUCCGGGGACGGCGUGUUGUAUGAGGUUGUAAACGGGCUGAUGUCGCGGCCUGACUGGGAACAGGCGAUCAAGAUCCCCCUCGGUAUCCUUCCCGCCGGCUCGGGAAACGGACUAUGCUACUCCAUUAACUAUGCACUGGGGGAACCAUUUGAGGAGGACAGGAUGGUCCAUUCGACGUUCGUGUUGCUGAAAGCCACGAUGAAAGGCCACACCCGUCCCUUGGACCUCAUGUCCGUGGAUACGGCCUCCGAAAGGCGCUACGCAUUCCUCUCCUUCCAGUGGGGCUUCUCCGCCGACGUGGACAUCGAAAGCGAACGCUACCGGUACUUGGGAGGAAGUCGCUUUCUUUUUGGGUCCCUCCAUAAUCUCAUGAAGCUGAGAUUGUACAGAGGUAAACUGUCUUUCCUCCCAGUGAAAGAUGUUGACGCGCUCAAGCAAGCACGACAAGUUCUGUCCCAAAACAAGUUGGAGGUCAAACCCAGAAGUAUGUCCCACAGUUCGUCUGCGGUCGCCAUCAAUGGUGGACGUGAUGAGGCAAGAAUACGCACGCGCAGUGCGAGCGCACUGAACGGCUUUCAUUGCAUGGACAAUGAACGUUUAGAAACGCCCAGUCAGGAGUCAACCUCACUGGACGCCAAGCUCAUGUCAUUUUCUACAGAAAACGGCGUUCACCUAUCAACUUCGGAGGAAGGUCACGUCAACGGCAAUGUGAACACUGUCUACGAAACAACCAAGUUGACGGCUGACGGCGUGGUUGGAAACAUGAAUAGCGAGAACGGACAUUACAAAAACGGUGACUCCGACUUCAUAGGAGCCGCAGUGUCAACGAACCAAAACAACUCCAAAUCCUCACAGCCAUGUCCAGCGAGUGGCCACCGCCCCCGCCGUGUGUACGGACCUCCCUCCCCCCUCCUCCCCCCGCUGGACCAGCCCGUCCCGGCCGACUGGGUUACCAUAGAAACCGACUUCGUCACCAUGAUCAUCCAGAGCAUCAGCCACAUUUCGGAAGGUUAUUUCUCGUCGCCCUGCAGCUCGUUCGACGACGGCGUCCUGUUCCUGUCCUUCUUGAAGUCCGGCGUGUCCAGGAGACAGAUGUUGAAGUUCAUGGGGAAGAUGGCGGAGGGGACCCAGGUGUUUGAUUUCGGCAGUGACGGCGGGUACGUGUGCUGCAAGGCGUUCCGCGUGGAGCCCGUCACACCGCCCGGACUCAUGACCCUGGACGGGGAGAAGAUCGAAUACGGCCCGGUACAAGGCCAGGUGCACCACGGGGUGAUAAAUCUGAUCAUGCCCAACGAUUAACGGCAGAGGUUUCGGACUAAAUAUCGUCUUCGUUCAUCUCCAGCCAGUUACUAAUGUCCCCUCUUACCAUGUACUGUAGCUGACCACAGAAUGUGGGGAAAUGGUAUUCAGGCCAGCACGUUCUGUCUACAAGACUCUGCGUCACAAUUGGCACAGUAUUAAAUAGUAAUAUUAAGAAUAAAUGAAGAGUAAAAGUCGAAGAAUGUCGACACUAUUGUUAAAAAAACAGCAAUGCUGCUUUACUUUAGAGACUUUUACUUCUGUGUGAUGGAGAAAAAUAUGAACAGAAUAAAAUUAUUAUGUAUUUAUCAUUCCCAUGAGAGAUAAAUUCGCCAUCGAAACGAACUGAAGUUGGACUGGAAGGACCAAGAUCCUUUUAAAGAUUCUCUGUGAUUGCGUCACCAGUCACCAUGGAAAGCGAGGUUUCAGUACCUAUCCAACGAUUGGGCCGAUCACUUUUGUUCAUUUGUUUACUUAUCACGGCAACUGCGCUGUGACACGCCUAGGCUUCUACCUUUCAGUAACUACGCUUGAAAAAGCCGUCAACGACCAAAUUUAUAUUCAAGCUUUCCAUUCGGUCAAAUCGAUACUGCCAAAAUUUUAACUCUCAUCCAACUCCAAAUAAAUUAGGUCUUUAAUUGUGCUCUCUGUGCAGAGGUUUAUGGGGCAAUCGUGACCUUUUCCUUAUACAGAGUUAUAGUAUUAUAUGCCCACCGCAACUAGGGGAUAGCUGACAGAUAAAGACGACAUACUAGUAUAAGGAAAUGACCAAGAUUUCCCCCAUAAACCUCUGCUUGGAGAGUACUUCGUUGUACAAUUCGUCACCCUGUAAUGAGGAUUCACAGUUGUUUCAAAGCCAUAUUGUCACACUUUUUGUAUAUUCUGUAUAUUUGUGCACAACGAAUUAUUGGUAUGCAAAGUUCGGUUUGUUGAAAAUUUGCUGAUUUGCUGUGAAUUUGGUGUCUUCACAUCUUUUUCGACGGUCACUUGUGGAAUAUUAUAUACUGUCACACAGGGAACGGAUGUUAUGGAAUACAAGAAGAGGCCUAGGGUUUCACUUAAGAUGGCUUUACUUUGUAGCAGAGCAGGCGGAUUUGCACUGACUCCAAAAUCGAUAAAACAAUCUGUGCUGGUUAGAAAUAACAUUUAAGGUCAGGAAAUAUCAUUGAAUCCAUCCAGAAUCCUUCAUUCGCAACAGUAAUCACAGUAAAUACAAUAGUAGCAGUACGAAGCUUCAGUAGUUAGAUAGCCUAGACAGCCUGAAAUGAUACGAUACAAUUGAUAUAGAAGUAAGUCUGGCAUCCAGGUAGACGAUAUUUGUUUUAGAAUAAAUCACUGCGGCUGGAUAACACCAUAAUACGCAUUCCGUCAGUCUUUUGAAACCGUCUACUCCACAGUGUCAUACACAUGCCCUGUGCUUAAGUUGUUGGGAAGCUCUUAUUUUCGCACGUUUCAUCCAGUUGCAGCGAAUUAUUCUACAACAAAUGAUACAAGGAUUAGGAAGACACGGAGUUACAUUUCCACUUCUUGACGACACUACUUUGAAUUCCAUAAAGCCACUACGUGAUUAAAGCAAAUACCAAUCAUGAA